AUGGCGGCGCCGGGCUGGGGCGCCCUGGGCCCGCGGCUCCGGGCCCGGUGGGCGGUCGCCGCCUCCGCCUCUGCCGCCUCCGUCCGGCCCGUCUCCUUCUCCUUCUCUGCCGCCCGGCCCGUCAGCGCCCAGCGGCUGGCGAUGAAGCUCCGGAAGGAAAAGCAGGAGGAGGAGGAAGAGAAGAAGGCGGUCCACCGGACCCCCCUCCAGAGGAGGGUCCGGGAGCUGGUGCAGUACGCCCGGCAGCUGCCCCGGAUUCACCCCAACGUGUUGGCUAAGGUGCUGAAGGAUGGCAUCCUCUAUCAGGACAAAGAGCUGGUGGUCAUCAACAAGCCCUAUGGACUCCCCGUUCACGGGGGCCCCGGGGUCCGGCGCUGCGUCACGGAUGUGCUGCCCAUCCUGGCCAAGAUGCUGGGCGGGCUCCAGGCCGAGCCGCUGCACCUGUGCCACCGCCUGGACAAGGAGACCACGGGAGUCAUGGUGCUGGCACGCAGCAGGGACGUGGCCCAUCAGGUCCAGGGGCUGUUCAAGAUGCGCCAGGUGGCAAAGACGUACUGGGCUGUGUGCGUGGGGGUCCCGGUGCACUCUGAGGGGGUGGUGGACAUCCCCAUCGUGGAGAAGGAGGUUCAGAGCCAACAGCAGCACCACAAGAUGACCCUCGCCCCCAACUACCACCUGGAAGGCGGCAAGAUGGUGAAGCGGCGCGCCAGCCGGGACGCCCACAGCGCCGUCACCCAGUACCGGACGCUGAGCGGCACGGCCUCCUGCACCCUCCUGGAGCUCCGGCCCGUCACCGGGGUGAAGCAUCAGCUCCGGGUCCACCUGGCCUUCGGGUUGGGGUGUCCCAUCCUCGGUGACCACAAGUACUCAAACUGGAACAAGCUGGCGCCCCAGAAGCUGCCCCCCGUCAUCCUGAAGAGCCUAGGCUUGGAGCAGAGGAAGAGUCGCUAUGUCCCCCUCUUCCUGCACGCCCAGGGGCUCACCCUGCCCGCCCUGGGCAGCCGCAGCGGGGACCUGGAUCUGGAGUGCCCACCCUCCGCCUUCUUCAAGCGCUGCAUGUCUCGCCUGGGGCUGGAGCCCCCGGGGAGAAACUGAGGCUGGCAGAAGGG